CCAGUCAGGCCAGCAAACAAGGUUAAGCUUAAUGUUUCUGGACAAGAGAAACUUGUCCACAUUUCUCCACAUGUAACUUGUUCUUUUUACCUGCAGGUUACGCCCGCAUUGUGUUGGCUCUGGUUUCCUUCUACCUGAUGCCCUGCUGUCCGUGGCCCGCCGUCUUCUGCUACCUGCUCAGUGCUCUGCUUGAUGCUUUUGAUGGCCACGCUGCACGGGCACUCAAUCAGUCCACUAAGUUUGGAGCCAUGAUGGACAUGCUGACUGACCGCUGUGCCACCAUGUGUCUGCUGGUGAAUCUGUCCCUGCUCUACCCCUCCUACACUUUCCUGUUCCAGAUCAGCAUGUGUGUGGACAUAGCCAGCCACUGGCUGCACCUGCACAGGUACACUAUUAUCAAGACAAGUCUCUGUCCUCACAUGGAUUUAACCCCCAGGGUGACUGUUGCUUGCAGAAUAGAUUCUCUGCCAUGUGGAUGAGG